AUGUGGGAUAUUGGAUGUUUAUAUGAUUUUACAUUUUUAAUGAAGAAUCAAGUACUGAAACAAAUAACUGGGAGAGCUUUAUUAGAAUUCAAAGUGCUUAUUUGGGAACCAAGGAAUGAGUUACAAAUAAAGGAAGAAAAGCGAUGCGGUAUUAGCGGUAAAGAUAAAAAAGCUAAGUCACAUAGUAAACGCACUGAAGUGGGUGUUAAAGAUGUUGGCUGUAAGAUAUUAGAAAGUAAUUGGAAUAAAUGGAAUGAUUUGGCAUUCUAUCGAGGUGGUCAUUGGGCAAAUUUUUAG